CAGUUAUCCACUCCCCUCCCCCUCCCACUCUGGCCUUAGGGCCCUAAGUCGAAACUGGGAUGGCUGACCCAGCUCGACCCACUGACCAUGAGGAGAAGACUGCUGCUGCUGCUGCUGCUGCUGGCGAAGGAGCGGGACAGCAAAAUAAUCGCGUUUUCACUGAGUUUCGUGUGGGGUUUUGUCUUGGCAACCGUGUGUCACGCACCGACUGAAUAGCCGUCACACUCAGUCGACUUCCCAUCUUCCCCUCAGUGCGCUCCCAACAUUCUCCGUUGACAAUAACUGUUGCACAUAUAUCCAAAGCCGGCCAUAACUUUUCGAUACAGCUCAGACCACGGGUGCUCCCGAAACUGAAUUGUCCAAAACCUUCAGCAAUCAGCAUCCUUGUUGAUCGAUCAUUCAGAAUGUCAGACUUCCAGAGAUGGACGGUCUCCGAGCCGUACGUCGACAUAGCAGGCACUUUAUUGGAGGGUCCGUUCCAUGAUGAGACCAGGAAUGAGUUUCGCUUUGUCGACAUCUGGGAACAGAAACUAUACGCUUUGAACCUUGCCGAAGGGCCAGACUCCUUGCGGAUUUUGGACACGUCUGCUUCCAUUGGGGUGACUGCCAACAUCGCCAAUGCCGGAGAUGCUCACAAGGACCAGAUCGUCGCAGCCGCUAAACAUGGAUUUGCCCUGAUAAAUCGCGACACCGGUGAGCUGUCGUAUAUCCGCAGAGCAUGGGACGACCCGGACAAGGACCACAGGAUGCGUUUCAACGACGGAGCAGUCGACAGCCACGGGCGAUUCUGGGCCGGGGCCAUGAAUGACCCCAAGAUCCAGAAGCCUACCAACGAAGGGGCACUGUUCCGGCUAGAUCCUGACUUGAAACUCCAUCGGAUGGUUGAACAGCUGACGAUUCCCAACGGGAUUGGCUGGAACCUUGCGGAUGACACCAUGUACCUGACCGACUCCCCUACUGGUAAGAUUUUUGCCUUCGACUUUGAUGCGAAGACCGGAGCGAUCAGCAACCGCAGGGUUCACUUUGACAUUGGGGAGCCCAAGGAGCCCGAUGGGUUUGCCAUCGAUGAGGAAGGCUGCCUCUGGAGUGCGAUAUAUGGCGGCGGGAAGAUCAUACGCAUUUCACCGGAGGGAAAAGUGAUUGGCGAAGUGAUCCUGCCUACACGGAACAUUACCUGUCCGACAUUUGUCGGGACCGAGCUCUUUAUCACAACUGCUAAGGAUGAUGUGAAUGAUGAGCAGCUUCCCAACUCUAUUCGAUAUGGAGGACGGCUUUAUCGCGUGGAUGUCGGGGUCAGAGGAAAACCUAAGAAUCAGUUUCGCUUCCAGGACUGAUCUCAUGGUGAUAAACUAUCAUUCAAACAGUUGUAGAAAGAAGUAUACUUUGACGGGGAGUUGCUCUGUGUGUAGGCUUUUAGACCCAGUGACCACCUAAAACGCCACAAUGGAGACGCGAACUCGUUUGUAGGGCGCACAUUUGAAGAGCAAUGUUGUGUAGCAGAGCGAGCAUGGAAGGCAC